AUGGAGUUUGCGGCGAGAAGUGUUUUAUUAGAGACAAGCAUAGAAAGUUUAUUAUUUACAGAAAAUUUCUUUCUAAGUGAUCCGAUUCUGCAUGACAGAAUUCCUGCAAAAUACAAAAGUCAUAAGGAAAUUUACGAAGAUGCAAUAAUGAAAGGAUGUCGAGUGUUACAGAAAGUGCAACAGUUACAUGACUCGGGGAAAGGCGGCAUGGACGUUUUCUCACAAAUUUUAGGAGGCAUGUUAGGCUCAGCGAUACUGAAGGAUGGUAAUCCGUUGACACUGCACCAUGUGAUGUUUAUACCUGCUAUUAUGGGACAAGGCACUGUUGAACAACAAGGAUAUUGGAUAUCCAGAGCUUGGAGCUGUAAUAUCAUUGGUACUUAUGCCCAAACGGAGCUUGGUCAUGGCACAUUUAUUAGAGGUUUAGAAACUACAGCGACCUAUGACCCUGAGACUAAAGAAUUUGUAUUAAAUAGUCCGACUUUGACAUCAUACAAGUGGUGGCCUGGUGGUUUGGGUCAUACUGCGAAUUAUGCAAUUGUCGUUGCACAAUUAUAUACGAAAGGAGAGUGCAGAGGCAUUCAUGCCUUUAUUGUACAACUUAGGGAUGAGAACACUCAUGAACCGUUACCAGGUAUAAAGAUCGGUGAAAUUGGCACCAAAUUAGGAAUGAAUGCAACUAAUAAUGGCUUUCUCGGUUUCGAGAACGUUAGAAUACCGCGCGAGCACAUGCUGAUGAAAAAUUCUCAGGUGCUGGAGGAUGGAACUUAUGUGAAAGCGCCUAGUGAUAAACUUACCUACGGUACUAUGAUGUUCGUUCGAGUGGUAUUAGUACGCGAUAUCUCUAAUUACCUGUCGAAGGCGGUAACGAUAGCUAUCAGAUAUAGCGCAGUGAGACGACAGAGUCAGAUAAAACCUGACGAGCCGGAAUCACAAAUUAUGGAUUAUGUUACUCAACAAUAUAAAUUGUUUCCAAAUCUUGCUGCGUGUUUCGCGUUUCGAAUGUGCGCCGAUUGGAUUUGGGAGAUGUAUAACAAUGUGACAGCUGAAUUAGAUCAAGGAGAACUGGAAAGACUACCUGAGCUGCAUGCCCUGGCAUGUUGUCUAAAGGCAGUUGCAUCAUCAGACGGAGCUACUGGUAUUGAGCAAUUACGAUUGGCAUGUGGUGGGCACGGUUAUAUGGAUGCGAGCAACUUGCCGGCGACUUAUGGUUUAGUGACUGCUACUUGCACUUAUGAAGGCGAAAACACGGUUCUGCUAUUGCAAACGGCUAGAUAUCUGGUGAAAACUUGGAGACAAGCUAUUGGCGGCGAACCGCUUCCGCCGACUGUCGGAUAUUUAGCUGUUCUUUCGCGUGGAUUUCUGUUUUAUAGCAAAAUUCGUUUGGCAACGGAAAACAUGGACCGCAGAAUACGUAGUGGUACGUCACCAGAAGAUGCAUGGAAUGAAACUAGCAUUGAAUUAGCACAUUGCGCGGAAUCUCAUUGCCGUGCUUUCUUAGUAAUGAGAUUUGUUGAAAAUGUCAGAGGAUUGACAUCUGUAUCCAAGCAGCUUCGCGAGGUUUUGAUGCAACUUUGCGAAUUGUACUCGAUAUAUUGGGUACUACAACGGCUUGGAGAUUUUCUUCGUUUUUCCUGUCUAAAUAACGAAGAUGUUCCGGCACUUCAAGCACGCUUCGAAGAGAUGCUCGCUGCAAUCCGUCCAAAUGCUGUUGGUAUUGUCGAUGGAUUCAAUAUUCGUGACGAGAUCCUCGCAUCCGCGCUUGGCGCAUAUGACGGCAAUGUAUAUCAGCGUCUCUUUGAUGAGGCGAUGAAAAGUCCUUUAAAUCAGGAGAGUGUUAACCAAUCCUUCCAUAAAUACCUCAAACCUUUUCUUAAAAGUAAUUUAUAGUCGUAUUAUUUUUAUUAUAAAUAGU